CGCACUCCGCUCCCGUUUCGUUUCCUUCAAGGACAUAAAGUCAAAUACCAAUAUAACAUAACCUUCAACCUUUUGUGUUUCGUUUUCGUACGGGAGGCAGGCAGGGGGCGUAGGCCUACAGUGCUUAAACCUCUUGCUUGACCGCUUGUGUAUACUUUUCUGUGUUACCAACCAAGGCGUUUUAUAUCUGCUGUUAUUAAUGUGUUUUUGUAAUUAAAAAAUCUUUUCCGGAUUGUGAUGCUGUUACAGCUUAAACUUAUGUUCACAUAGUUAUUGCAUCAAAUCAUUCAUAAUGGGGUUUGGUAAAGGUGCCAUUAUUUUGGACAGCCCGACCGGAGCGUACUUUUCCGGCCAAACUGUUAAUGGAAGGCUAGAGUUCGAAUUGCAGAACAAAAUAAAAAUUAGAGGCAUUAGUCUAUCUGUGAAGGGCUUUUGCUCAGUAAGCUGGACUACGCAGCAUAGCCGGCGGGUCAACGACCGCACUGAACACUACAGCGUCGAACACAGCUCCUAUGAAGAGUACAUAAGCUUGAGGUUGCAGCUCGUGGGUGGCAAGAAUUCAGAGAAACAUUUGGAUCCCGGCAAGUUCGAGUACCCGUUCAGUUUCCAGCUGCCCCCCAACUGCCCGUCGUCGGUGGACGGGUCGGUGGGCCACGUGCGCUACGAGGUGGACGCCGUCAUGGACAUCCCCUACGCCGUGGACAAGACGAUCACCAGGAAGUUCCGGGUGCUGGCGCCCUUCGACCUUAACACUAUCAACUGUAAGGACCCAGGAGUCAUAGAGAUCGAUCAGACAUACUGCUGCUGGUGUUGUACAUCAGGCAUAUCGGAGACCUUGGUCAAGAUCCCAGUUCGAGGGUACUGCGCUUCCCAGCCCCUGCCCGUGGAAGUGAGCUGCAAGAACCGCAGCACUGUGGAGAUAGAUGAGAUCGCGUUUAAAGUUAAGAAGGAAAUAAAGUUCCGCGCCUCAACUAACCCGGACACCCGGGAGGACACCCACACUGUGGUAGAGCUCAAGAAGGGCCCGGUCCCACCGCACACGGACCGCGCGUGGCAGCUGCAGCUCGACGUGCCCGAGAAUGACGUGCACGUCAUGAACGGGUGCUCCUUCAUAAGCGUACAGUACUACUUCGAAGUGAAGGUAUGUCCAGAAGGUUGCCACUCCGACGACGAAGACAGUUGCCAAAUAUACUUCGGCACUAUUCCGCUGACAAACUUCCAAAUGGACGCGCCCAUUGCCAAUAACCCAAUACCUCAAACAAACAUGUCGCCCCAAAACUAUCCGCAACCUAUGAUCAAUAAGCCUCUAAACGCCAACCAAUCCUACCAACAAAACUCUCCUUACCCGCCCAAUCCUUAUCCCAAUAGUUCCCCUUACCCUUCACCGAAUCCUCCACACGUUUCUCCUUACCCUAGUCACAAUUCGCCUUACCCUCUCCCCCAGAACACACCUUACCCCAACGUUCCACCAAAUCCCUCUCCUCAUGGGAACCCGCCUUACCCGGGUAAUAACGCGCCAUAUCCGGCCAAUAAUUCGCCAUACCCGGGGAAUAACCCGCCUCACUUGGGUAAUAAUCCACCUCCCCUGGGUAACAACCCUCCAUACCCGCCGGAUAAUAACCCGCCAUACCCCGGAAUUAAUCCACCUCAAAUGGGUACUAACCCUCCCUACCCACCGGGAAAUAACCCACCUUACCCGGGAAAUAACCCGCCUUACCCAGCUGAUGAUAAACCUGGCAUCCCGGGUUUUAAUAAAGCAAGUAUACCCCUAUUGCCACCAGGAGCAGUGCCUUAUCCGAUAACGCCGCUGCGAACUGAAAGCCCUUACACUGGCGCCAGCGCUCCCAACGUCACUACGCCCGACACUGAAGAAAAAAAACCUUUCGUACACGAGCCGAACAAUUCUCCAUACAAUCCGGAGUUCAUGAACGACAAAAAGGAGCAAACUACUGACAAUAAAUAACAAACAAAUGGGUAAUUAUACACACAGUAAUUUGAAGUAAUCUGAAACCUGUAAAUGUUUGAUUUAAUCUGAAACCACAGAAUGACGUACUUAAGUUUCUUCAUUAAUUAAAAUUUCGUUUUCUUUGAUACUUAAAUCUUUCUCAACAUAUGGCGACCGCGCUAGGUCUGUACUUACUAGUUAAGGUAAACUUGCGCAGUAGACGUAUUUUUAUGUAAAUGCCCUACUCGUAGACCAUUUAUUUUACAUUCAGCGAAGCAGCCAAAUCUUUUAAAUAAUUCCAGUCAAUUUGAUUGUCCUCUUUAAAGAUAUUCACUUUUUUGUUCCCUCCUUCCUACAAUCAGAGGUCCCUUUAAGAGAGGCGUGCAGAAGCAUUUUUGCAGGCCGGCAAGUUGAGGAUGGUUGGUGUGGCAGUUUAUAACUGCUGUACCAUCUAUCUCUGCGCGCUUAGACUUUAUCACCACUUUACAUUAGGUGGGUAGAGUCAUUUGCCUACCGGCUAUAAAAAAAACUAAGAUUAUUGCUACCAUUACGAAGAAAUAAGUCUAAAGCUGAUAUGCCAAAUUUAAGACACUCCAAAAGCAGCUCUGUCAAUUUAUUAUGUUUUCUUGCUGGUUUUAGUAUAUCUUCCCACAAGGUCGUCAUUAUCUGAGGAAGAUUUUAAUUAAUGAAAAAAAACGCUUUUUUGAUUUAGUUGAUCAUUUGUUAUGGUUGAACUCAGAUAAAUCGAAAUAAAAACACAAAGAUAUAAACAAAAAAAAAUGGCAGCUCUGUCAAUUUAAUAUAUAAAUAUAAUAUUUAAAAAACGGCGAAACGUGAACUAACAAGCAGAUAUAUACAUAUUUCCAUUACAUGUAUACAGUCACUCUGUGAGUUGAUGAGGUACAGAUACACAAGUCAUAUAGCGUAAUAUUCGAGAAUAAUAAUAAAAUAUAACGGAUUGUUGGGUUUUUAUAGAGGUAAAUUAGAAAUAAGAAAAGGCGACUAAUUUUUAAAAUUCGUUACCUGUUAAUAAUAAGUUUUAUAAUUGAUCAAAUCAAACACUUAUUUCGUUGUUCGAAUCGAAGAUCUAAAUAAUAAUAAGUUGGAAGUAGGCUUUUGGGUGGUAACAUCAUGUGCCAAUUGUUUCCUCCCAACAAGAAUUAGGCCUAGCUUUAAAUUUAAAAAGCCUAGAUAUCUUUGUAAAGUUUAACACUGUAUAGCAAACAUAAAUAAAUGGCAACUGUUACAAUAAUUCCAACAGGUUUUUAAUCUAAGUUAUGUUUAAAGAACAUAAUUAACUCUGUACUUUCAUUAGUCAUUGUCACAGCGAAUGUAUAAAAUUUGAAAAUUGUGAGAUCUAUUUAGUUAAGAAGAUAGUUUUGGAAUAAUCAUUUGAACGACGAGCACAAAUACUUUGUAUGGUUAUUCAAACAAACACUUAUAUAAUUAUGUAUUUUAUUUGAUAAAAUAAUUGAUUGGAGUUGUCUAGAACUCCGUUAAUAUGCUAUAAACUAUUAUUCUAUAAUUAUUAGAGUCAUGAACACAAAUACUUUGUAUGGUUAUUUAAACAUAUACUUAUAUAAUUACGUAUUUUAUUUGAUAAAAUAAUUGAUUGCAGUUGUCUAGAACUCCGUUAAUAUGCUAUAAUAUAUUAUUCUUAAUAUUUGUGAAGACGAAACGCUACUAACGUCAUUGGUUCUUAAAACUUUAAAUGAGCUUGUCACGUUCAUUAUAUAAAUGUACAACAUGUUAUAAACUUACUACAAUUUAUUACUUAUAUAAAUGUUUUUAGAUCUAUUUACCUAUAUUUACAAAUCAAUUAGAUUGAAUAACUAUUGUUAUAUAGAAUAAGACCGUUCCGUCUUUGUGGUGCCUAAAUAAGUGCCAUUACUUUGAAAAAAAAAAUGUUAAAUAAAUACGAAGGGUACAGGGGCAAAUCAAGAAAUGUCACAAAAACAAAGAGUUAUGUAAUUAACAUUUUAAUUUUUUCAAAGCUGCGAGCAUUCUUAAGUGUCACUUAGAAUAAUAAAUUGCUAAUAGGAACAUAAAAUAUAUAUUUCUUAAUAAUUGAAAAAUAAAAUAAUUCCCUUUUGGAACAUGAACACAAAAACUGGUAAUGUCCACUGCGUUCCAUAGAAGGAAUGUCCAACUUAAUAUUUUUUUUACUAAUUACGAGUAUACAUGAGGAAUGCUUUCAUAGUAAGAUUGAGGCCCCUGAGAACAAAAUCUUUUUAAAUCCAUUAAGUCCUUGUACUUGUCUGCAUUAAUAGAUAUAAAACUGUUAUAGGACAAUUUUGGCAAUUCAAAUUCAUUUGAUGUGUCUGAUCCAGUUCCCUUUUUUGCCACUAUGGGUGAUUUCUCCCAUAUACCAUUAUAAUUACUUCUGUGUAGAAUAACUCUAGGGUGUUCUCUUACACACAUCAAUUCUUUUUGGGACUGCACAGGAAAUGAGCAUUUUUAAAGAUAUUGAUUUUGAAAAAAAUCGGAAAAGUUUCUGUUAGUUCGCCUAUUCCUACCUCAAUCACCUCAAAGGGUUUGGGGUCUUUGGGGUACUAACUCUCAGCAAAUCAUACCACUGGUAUGGAACUUCCAUGUGGGUUUUUAGAUUGAUAAGGCACAUAUUUUUGUCGCAUUCUAAGUAUGAAUAUCUUCGGAUUGGGUAUGUAAUUUUGAUGGAAUCCAAAAGUUUCAUUUUAUGGACAACAAAAUGACUGUGUAGUUCUUAUUCUAUCCACCUGCUGAAUCACAAUAUAUUUCUAAAUGCUUAAUACGACUAUCCAGGUGGUUAGUCAAAUAAUGAAACAGAAAUGAAACCACUUCACCUGAUACCUUGCGUCCACAGGUUUCAGGAUAGGUAUAAAAGAAGCCGCUUGCAUCUCCCAAUGCAUGGACAUUUAAAGAUUACAUUGAUAAGUGAUGCUUGUAAUACAAAUCGUUUGUGGUGAUGUUUGGCAGGGAGACAUUUUUCUGGUAGUCCAAGGCAAUUACUUGAAAUUCCACAUCUCUUUUGCUCUUCAUUCUUGCAUUCUUCUUGCGAUCAUGAAUUGUUUCUUAUGCAAAUUGUUAAGAAUACUUAUCCGAUUAAGUUCAACAGUAUUUCCUUCAGCUCCUAAUGCCUUUGCUUUUAUUGUAAAUUCAUCACAAGCACUGCAAGUAUCAGUCCUUGGCUAGCCAAAUGAUAUAUUAAAUUCAGUAUUAAAGAUGGUUCUGUAAGUUUCAUAUGAUACAUGAUUUUAUGACUCUUAUGGUAUCCUCUCUAGCCUUCCCUCCCCCCCCUUUGCGGCUAUGUUUUUAUAGGUUUUAAAUAAAACAAGUUUAUUUUCUUACUUUGUAUAUUUUAUAUACAUAACGUAAAAUAUUUAUUAACUCCGUAAAAAGGUCCUUAGGUUGAAUUUGAAUUCUUAUUUUCCAUAAUGCCUCGACUACCCAAUCAGCAGUCGCCUUUAAAAUUACAUAUGAUAAAUUUUCUUUUGAGGACUCGCCCAUGGCUCUCUAUCCUCUGAGUAUGUGUUCCAUCGGAAGCAAUAAAUCGGUUUUCUGGUUCACUGUGGUUUACUCUGUGAUGGGUAUACCCAUGUUCGGGAAGGCAAUCGUAUCGUAUGCUCUCCACAACUAUGUAUGGAUAACCUCCCGAACAUGUUUUUUGAUAAUGGGUAUUAAUAUCUCCGCUGACCGCUCAUUAUUGGGACAAAGUUCAAUCCGUAAAUCGUCACUGCCAUCCUCCACCAUACCAAUGACCCAGUGGACCUCAAUAUGACGUCCUCUGUUUCAUUUACGUUUUCCAAACAUUGAUUCGUCAAUUUGGCGAUUUUGCCAGGGCCACCGAUCAUUGGUGUUUCUUCUUUUUCCAUUUCAUAUACAAAAAUUGCUUCUCGACAAUAACUGAACCAAUCAGCUAUUGUCCUGAAUGAUAAGACUGUAUUUUUCUCAAAAUUCAUAGUCUCACGUCGCACACCUUUAUAUGUUGCAUUGUGUGCAAACAAAUACAUCAGUUCAAACAUCGUUGUUAUGGGUAACCGUGCUUGUUCAAACCAGGUUCCUAGAGCCUGGCUAUGUUUUACUCCCGACAGUUGUAUUUGUAACACCUAAAUUUUCCAACAUUUUGGGAAAUUCGUACCAAUUUCAUUGGACUCCUGUUGUGACCACACAUUUUCUCACAAUGCAAAAGUCCAUUUUCCUCCGCAAACCGAAUACAAUCAUCAGGCGUAACAAAGGUUAGGUGAAUUUUCCGCAAGUUCCACUGUAAACGAACUUUUUCUGAGUAUAAGUGGAUUCGCCUUUCAGAAGACCCAGAUUGCUGCGGUUGAGCUGAAUCCUCAUCUGAAAUGAAUAUAAAUACAAUACUUGAAAAGAUAGAGCAAAAAUCAAAAAUUGAUUAUUAUUACAGUGUAGUUUCAUAGAAAAUCAGAUAAUUAAGAAUUAAAGAUUGUUCUAAAGCCACAUUUACCUUUUUUUCUAAGCCCAUACUAUUUUUUAUUUACCAAGUAAAUAAAAGCAAAUAUAUUUUUUACCUGAGGACUCGUAUAAUCCAACUGGAGCAAUAUCAGCGAUGGUAGAACACUCAGCAAUGGGCUAAUCGCAUUGCACACGAUUCACUGACGAGGAGCACCCAGCAAUGGGUUCCAUUUCACCGACGGAGCGCCCAAGUGGCUCAUUAGAGUCCAACACUUGCACACGCAAAGACUGAAAAGGAGUUGGACACAAGCGACUCAAUAAAGUACAAAAUUCGCACUACACUCGACUCUUCAGGCGAAGGGACAGUAGAACUCGAGGCCGAGGGCUUUGAGGACGCCAUGGUAGUCAGACGAUGCAAAUAUCAACAGGAGUACGAAAACGCUCGCAACUGCGACGAACACAAAGACUGACUGACAGAUCGCAAAACAAACACAAAAUAGCGGGACAUCUGUCAUUAAGACAAUAGUACCAACAUAAUAAACAUAUUUUUUACCACAGACAACGAGAAACACGUUAUUUUUGCAUGAAAAAAAUGGCAGCACUGAUCAAAAUAGCUGUCAAAAUUGACUCUUAACCUACAAAAAUAUUAAUUUUCAUUUUUUUUUCUCGAGUUCCAUUUCUUUCCGUAUAAAAAGAUUUCGUGUACAUAUUUCUUAUAAUUAAUACUUUCCGUGACAAAAAUUUCAGCUUGCUACUCAACCACAACUAAUGGAAAGCUGAGCCUUCUUCGUCACUAUCACUCAUUUUACUACACCAAAAAAAACAACUAUCUCUUCGAAAUGUAUGAUUUAUACACAGACGUUCCAAAUAAACACACGACAUAACCUCAAAGUAUUUUGACAGCUUGGACAUUCCUUCUUACAUUAUGGACCUUCCCUGUUUUGUUCCUGUAUACAGUUUUGAGACAUCUGACUAUACGCGUUUUAACGCUUUUUGUGUAAUGCCAAAAAAAAUACGCGGGAAAGUGCCACCAAAAAUUAACUUUUUGCAUUUUAGUGACAUUCCUGGUUUUGCACCUGUACCCUUACAAGCAGUUGACAUCCGAUUCUGCCUUUUGUUUAUUUAUUGUGACUCAGACUAUGAUUAAAUAUAAAAUAUAUUGUUUCUAUAGUUAUAUCAUUUUAUAGCUUUAGGAUUAGCAAGUUGGAGUGGCAGUGGGCUGCCCAUAUUUGCCGAAGAACCGGUAACCGUUGGGGUAGAUGUGUUCUGGAGUGGAGACCACGUCUAGGCAAACGGUAAUGUAAGACGUCCUCGGGCGCGAUGGAAUGACGACUUGCGCAAGGUGGCUGGCAGGAGCUGGAUGAGAGUAGCCCAAGAUCGAUCUGAGUGGUAUGCAUUUGGAGAGGCCCAUGUCCAGUAGUGGACUAAGAUAGGCUUUUGAUGAUGAUUGAUGAUAGCUUUCCUAUAUCCAUCAUUAAAUUUUCCAACUUAUUAAACAUAAUGCAGCUAUUGCAUUGUAAUUAUAAAUUGACCAAUUUUUUGUUCUACUUAUUCCAAUGCUUGCUUUUAUAGACUGCUGACUUUGGGAACGUGACUGGGAUUUAAUUAGAAUUUUAAAUACAUGGCAGAAUCGGGUUAAAUAUUAGCUUUGAUUGUAUUAAAUAUAAAAAAGGUAUAAUAUUUUAUAAUUGUAUUUAUAUUUCUUCCAUAAUUGUUAGUACAUUAAGAUAAAUUUAAAUUUGCCUAGUCGUAUAAGAGAGAUGCUUCUAUGCUUUGUUUUCGUAAUGUUCUUUUUAUAAUAAUAUAUAAGGGUGAACUCGUAAGCUAAAUGUACUUUUAAGUGUUGUCGAAAAAUCGGUCAAACUCCUUGUAGAAAUAAUGUCGAGUUAAUGAACUUAUGAGUUGACAUUAAAUUAUCUACAAAACACGGAGCAAAAUGUCUAACAUUUUAGCCACAUGAGUAAAACUCAUGUGUUUUAGCUCUUUUUGAAAGCUAACGAAACUAUAUAGUUUAGAUUAGAUCUUAACUUGGUAUAUAAUACACUGUUGACUCUCAAGUUUCAGAGUGUCUUACAAUUAAGCAAAGAAGUCAUUUUAUAUAAGUGCCUCAAAAACUAUGUUUUUUAUAUUAACGAUUUACGACCGCACUCAGAGACGUCAAUUACUUAUCAAACUAAAAGCUGUCACUUUAUUCUCGACAGUACAAUACUUUGACAAUCCUUUUAAUGACGCCUUUGAGUGUUUGUUUCUAUAAUGCAUUUAAAUGUUAAUUACUUUUACAUAAUUAUAUACAUGUUUAGGGAACGACAAAGCUGACAGACUGUCAUGUACUGCCCAUGGUAAACGCACAUCACAUUUAAACCUAAUGAAAUAUAAUUAAAUGUAGUUUUAAAUGGUGGGUCUAUUCUCACGUCAAAAACUGUCUGUAACGUGAUCUUAAUUACUUAGAGGGUAAAGUUGAAUUUGUGACUUUAUAAAAUUUCAUAUUUGCACUUUACAAGACUGUAUACUAUGGUAAAAGAAACUAUGAAAGAAACUCACUACCUCACUAAAUAGGUUAUUGCUACUAGACCACAAAAAAAAAUGUAACGAGAUUUCAAUGCAAAUUAGUAAACGGAGUGUUAAACUAUGGGAGUUUUCUCCUACAAUGUUUAAUCUUCCGCCUCGUCAGUAUCUUGUUAACUAAUUUAAAAAUAAGAUUAUUUCUCAAAUUUUCUAGAGAAAUAAGACAGACUUUUUUUUCUUACUUAAAACUGACUGUUCAGGAUUUGCGCAAAAUAAAUAAAACAGGUUCUGUGUUGAAAUGACUUUUUACAAAUAUUUAAAUAUUGUGUUUUAUUUUUUGUGUUUAUAAAUACUUUAAAAAAAUGCUUAUUAUAACCGGUUAAGAAUAAAAUGCGACAGGUUUUGUCAUUGUUGAAAUUUUAUGAAACGAAAACGGAUUGAUGCUUUAAGUAUGAAAUUUAAUUUUUACGAUAAAUAUUUUAUGUAUUUUUAUUGAAAUAUAUAAACGAUUUAAACAGUAUUCGUGUUCAUCUUUUGUGCAUGAAUAAACUAC